GUUCAAUCGCUGCCGGAUUCUCCAACGAAGGAAACCAAUUCAUCUUUUGGUUCAACAACUUCUUCGCCUUCUAUGUCUAAUUUGCCUCCGAUUCGGGUUCAUGUUGAGGAUGGUGUUCGCUUGCAUGAUCAAAAGGUUGGCCUAGAGGAACAUUUCUCGCAGCUGAGUGUCGCUGCUCCGCACAAGCAAGAGGAGGGUUUUGUUUCCCUGACUUCUCCGCGACCUGUUCCGACCAUCGUCGCAGCUGCAGCAAUGGCGCCAGCUGUUACGGUUAACCCUACCACUGUUGCUAGGGAAAACUCCGGCCGGGUUUACUCGGACGAUGAGCCAUCAGAUCACGGAGCCCCUGUUGGUUUCCGGAAGCUGCCACAGCCGCAAUUGCAACAGAAGAUGGGAGUUGAUUUACCUUCCCCAGAUGCAACUGCAAGAGAUGCCAAUUCUCGCCCAAAACCAGUGUUCUAUCAAGAUCCAGUCGCACCUGCAUCUCCCGCUAGAGACAACAGGGUCCCUGCGAUUCAUGUACCCUUCGGCGCAGUAGCAGCAGCAGCUUCCUCACCAACUCGAUUAGCAGCAAUACCCAAUGGGUUUCUUGCCUGUUAG